AUGGAUUCUACACGAGCUACCAAACUUAGAAAGGUGGCAAAGGCUAUCGCUGCUGACCGAAGAAAGUAUAAGGAGAAACAUCGUUCGAUACAACGAUGGGUUUACGACAAGUACAAACCCAGCACCGCUGGUAGCGAUGAAGAAGCUCAACUCGACGCUUCCGACGGAGAAAUAUCCGCUCAUAACGCGGUUAUAAACACACGACCAGCAAGGCGUUCAAUCUGGCAUCUCCCAGCCUCAUCAAACGGGCGACCGGGGCCAAGAGGCUUGACUCUAGGCACGAUGCUUCAGGUUGCGGAACAGUGCUACCAGAUUUCUCCUAACAAUUUCGACACUAUGAGCUUAAGUGACCAUAUACACCAUAUCCAGGAAGCCUUACAAUCGGACAACUCGCCGACGCCAGUCUCUAAAGCGCCGGUGACUCAGCCUUUAGUAGUCCAGGCCCAGCAUCAGCAAUAUCUGGCCCAGAAAGAUUUCAUAGCUUGUGCGGCCAAGAUCGCUAUCCAUAGCAACUUACCGGAAAUCUUCAGGAAAAACUUGAAGACGUGCAAGAACUGUUACGAUAAAUUCCGGCCCGGUAUAGCGUCCUGCCCUUGUGCCAAGAAAAAGCAAACCUGCCUCCACGGUCCAUGCCGCUACCAUCCAGGCCAAAUUAAAUCCUGGGGAGUAGAUACCGGUAAUAUGAACUUCCUGGCAGAGAAAAAGGUCACUAUCCAGGAAUUCGACAUAUGGAUUCACCGGUGCUUCUGGGACUGCUGUGGCGCCAAGCUGAUGCCCGUCGACCCCAAUACGGCACGGCGUAGUCAGAAGAGGAAAAAGGCUUCUCUGCAGCCUUGGGAGGUUGUGGGUGAUAAGGACGGAAGCGUGGGAUGUAUGACCCGGGACCACCACGUUGCGAUUCAAUAG